AUGGGAAGCGCUUAGUGCUGCACCAAAUAGUAAUUAGAAGAAAAGGAAACUGAAAUAUAAAUAAAAUAAGAUGUUAUUAUGAAAUAGUCAGGAACUUAAUAAGAGUAUUUAGUAUUUGUUAAUCAUAUAAAUUAUAGCAAUCCAUUACCCAAAAAUAAGUUAUCAUCUCGAAAAAGCAGUCCAGAUGAACCAGGAACACCAGGAUUUGCUGAUCUCAGAUCUCAAUAGAGUAGAAAGUCUGAGUAACAUCAAUCUCAUUCUUAAAAAGAAAUAUAAUUAAUUGGGUAGUUGGAAAAACAUGAUAGUCCUUUUAAAUCAUAAUGUUCAAUAGGAAAAAGAAAGAACGAUUCCCCUGUUUGUAGUUUUGAAGCUACUAAUAAAUUAAAAUCAUUAGACAGUAAUCGUAUAAAGAAAAUACAAACAUUUGAAGAAAAAGUAAAUAGCAGAGACCUAUCUCCAAUAGAAGAUGAUGGAAUGUUGGAUAGCUAAAGAAGCAAAUAAGCAGAUGAAAAGUCUGUUAAGAGUAUAUUGAAAUAAGAAUUAAAAUACAGUAAGUUUAGGAAAUAAGACACUACAUUUGAUGCUGGGUAAAGAAAAGUUUAAUUUUAUAUUGAAUGA